AUGCCUCGGCCUCUAUCUCCACAUCCAACUCCCCCAGUGGGUCUUGCUGCCCUCCGCUCUGCAGCUCCUCCUGCCCUCCACUCUGCAGCUCCUGCUGCCCUCCACUCUGCAGCUGCUGCUGCUCUCCACUCCGCAGCUCUUGCUGCUCUCGGCUCUGCAGCUCCUGCUGCCCUCCACUCUGCAGCAGCUGCUGAUCUCCUCUUUGCAGCUGCCGCUGCCCUCCGCUCUGCAGCUCCUGCUGCCUUCCGCUCUGCAGCUGCUGCUGCCCUCCCCUCUGCAGCAGUUGCUGCUGCCCUCCGCUCUGCAGCUGUAGCAGUUUGGUUACUCUGCGGGAUCCACGACAAUUCGUCGAGGCGGCGAUUUACCAACCCUAGUACUCCGGGCCGAGUUCUCGUUUCACCCUUCUACACCAUGGCGGCGUUUGCGCAAGACGCGGCGGCGUCAGUCGCGGCGGCGAGUGCGGCUCCAUCCACAGGGGCAGAGGCCAUUCAACCCGCGCGUCGGUUCUCCAAGGCGCCUGACUACUCGCUCAUCACGCCCAUCCUCUACGCGCCUCUCUUCCCACUAAUACGUAUCACGCUGCGCCACAAGCCCAAGCUGAGGGACCGCCUCUUCGUGACUGCUGUGGCUAGCGCAUUCCUGCAUGGCGCAUACAUGAACUACCGAUUCUAUAAUGCAGAGAGUUAUCAGCAAUCACAUUGA